AUGGUUUCUGCGCCGACCAUUGGCAAUGUCGCUGCUGGAGGCAAUGCAAGCGCGCCUACGAGCUCGCGAGCGUCUCCAGCUGUCGGUGCCGGCAAGACGAAGGCCGGCCAGGUCAACUCUAACGGAUACCACCCGACGAACCCUCAGAUCCCCCUGAGCUCCAUGACGAGCCUGCCACUCGACUUGUCGUCGGUCGAGCGACGCGGUCAGCCGACGGCUGCGAAAGAGCCGAUGAAGAAGAAGAACCGACCACACGGACUCGAGGAGGCGCCGACGUACUGUCCGACCGAAGAGGAAUGGAAGGACCCUUUCGAAUACAUUCGAAAAAUCACGCCCGAGGCCAAGCAAUUCGGCCUAUGCAAGAUUAUUCCUCCCGACUCGUGGAAUCCCGAGUUCGCCAUCGACACAGAACGGUUUCACUUUAGGACACGCAAGCAGGAGUUGAACUCGGUCGAAGGAAGCACACGCGCCAACAUGUCUUACCUCGAUGCGCUCGCCAAGUUCCACAAACAGCAGGGUAACAACCUGCACCGUUUACCAUAUGUUGACAAGAAACCACUUGACCUCUAUCGGCUAAAGAAGGCUGUGGAGGCGCGUGGCGGCUUUGAAAAGGUGUGCAAGGGAAAGAAGUGGGCUGAAAUCGGCCGUGAUCUCGGAUACAGCGGCAAAAUCAUGUCUUCAUUGUCGACAUCGCUCAAAAACUCGUACCAAAAAUGGCUCUGCCCGUACGAGGAUUACCUCCGAGUGGCCAAGCCCGGCGUUCACCAGCAGCUCGAGCUCGAAAACGGCGGACCUUAUACCCCGAGUCCAUCAGGCACGCCACUCAAGCCAUCCAAUGUCAACACACCGUCCAGCGCCAGAGCCGAGUCGCCUGCGCGGCAAGCCUCUGAUGCGCUCCAAGCAACACUCAACACGAAGAAAGAGGCUGAUCGUGACACACCCAUGUCCGACACACCACUAGCACCACAAAGUCAACCUGUCUCAUCUGGUUUCAAGGCAAUCAACACAGGGGGCUUCACGGCGGUAAACUCGGGCUUCACCAGCGUUAACCGCCAGUCCAAUGCCGAUGCGACGAGCACUCCUCCGCGAGCAUUUGGCACCCCCAUCAACUCAGCGAAGAAUACCCCCGAGUACCGUCCGUCGGGCCUAGGGCCGGCAACGAAUCUCAAGCGUCAGAUGAGCUCCGACAGUCUCAAAUCCGCCAAGCGGGACCCGGUCGAGCCCAAGGAAGACGCCGAUGGUGCCAACAGCAGGCGCAGCAAGCGUCUCAAGAAGGACGCCGUGCCCACAGUGGCCGGCUCUCACAUGUCUCUGUUCCGACCGUCUGGGCCCAGACCUCCACGCGAUGAGAACUCAACGCCUGGGGAGAAAUGUGAGACUUGUGGCAAGGCCGAUGAGGCGGGUCCUCUGCACCAAAAAGUCGACCCCGAAUGGAACUGUCCGCGCUGUCUGGUAGGCGAUGGACAGUAUGGAUUUGAAGAGGGCGGUCUUUAUUCGCUUCGUCAGUUCCAACAAAAGGCUGCCGACUUCAAACAAGGGUUCUUCGAACGAAAGAUGCCGUACGAUUCGGUCCUCAAGUGCCACCGACCAGUUACCGAGGAGGAUGUUGAAACCGAGUUCUGGCGCCUAGUUGCAGACAUGGAAGAGACGGUCGAGGUCGAGUAUGGCGCCGACAUCCACUGUACGACACAUGGCUCUGGCUUCCCAACCGUCGAGAAGCAUCCAAAGAACCCAUACUCAACCGAUCCUUGGAACCUGAACCUCUUGCCACUACAUCCUGAGAGUUUGUUUAGGCAUAUCAAGUCCGACAUCUCGGGCAUGACGGUUCCCUGGGUCUACGUGGGCAUGAUUUUCUCAACCUUCUGCUGGCACAACGAAGAUCACUACGCGUACUCGGCCAACUACCAACACUUCGGCGCAACGAAGACGUGGUAUGGCAUUCCCGGGGAAGACGCGGAAAAGUUUGAGGCGGCGAUGAGAGAGGCUGUGCCUGAGCUGUUCGAGACACAGCCGGAUUUGCUCUUUCAGCUCGUCACACUUCUGACUCCGGAGCAACUCAAGAAGGCUGGCGUCAGGGUCUUCGCAUUGGACCAGAGAGCCGGACAAUUUGUCAUUACUUUCCCCCAGGCAUAUCACGCUGGCUUUAACCACGGCUUCAACUUCAACGAGGCCGUCAACUUUGCCCCCUGCGACUGGGAGCCGUUUGGUCUUUCCGGCGUGAACAGGCUUCGCGACUUCAGAAAGCAGCCAUGCUUUUCGCACGACGCACUUCUCUGGACGGCAGCCGAGGGAACAGCAACAAACGGCCUGACCAUCCAGACGGCAAAAUGGCUAGCGCCAGCACUUGAGCGCAUCCACGAGCGUGAGCUUGCAGCUCGAGCAGACUUUAUUUCGAAACAUGUUCAGUCGCAGGGGCACAAGUGCAGUCUCACGGGCGCCAACAACAGUGACUGCCCGCUUGCGUUUGAGAUUGAGGAAGCUGACCUGCCUUUAGAGGAUGACUACCUCUGCUCUUACUGCAAGGCGUUCAGCUAUCUAUCUCGCUUCAAGUGCACCAAGACGGGCAAGAUUCUUUGCCUGCUGCAUGCCGGCCAACAUGCGUGCUGCGACGUACCCGAGUCCCAGCGCUAUCUUGGUGAGCAACACGUGCUCCUGUAUCGCAGGGCCGAAGAUGUUAUCGCCGCAACCUUCGCCAAGGUGUUGGAGAAGGCACACACACCUGAGGCCUGGGAGGAGAAGUACGACAAGAUGCUCGAGGAAGAGGCGACACCGUCCCUCAAGUCUUUGCGUGCUCUCCUUCACGAGGGCGAACGCAUUCCCUACGAUCUCGUUUCGCUGCCUUUACUGCGGGAAUUCGUCGAUCGAUGUAAUGAGUGGGUCGAAGAGGCAACAAAUUACACUGUGCGCAAGCAGCAGAACCGGCGCAAGAGCGACAAGGGCCUGACGAAUCGUAAGAGUUCCGUUGCGGACCAGAAGGAAAGAGAUGCGCGCGAUGUGAGCAACAUCUACCGCCUGCUUCAAGAAGCGGAACACAUUGGGUUCGACUGCCCUGAGAUCCUUCAACUGCGCGAGCGAGCCGACGGCAUCGAAACGUUCCAGAAGAACGCAAACAAGGCGUUGGAGCACUUGCACACAGCCACGGCAGAAGUCAUUGAGGAGCUCCUCGAAGAGGGCCGCGCUUUCAAUGUUGACAUCCCCGAGGUUGGCCGACUGUCGCGUAUCCUUGAUCAGCUGAACUGGAACGACAAGGCGCGCCGGAGCCGCAGCGUUGUCCUCAAUUUGAACGAGGUCAAAGAGCUCAUCGAAGAGGGCCAGCGUCUGGAGAUACCAUCCUACAACGACCAUCUUACCUACUAUCUUGACCAGAUGCAUGCCGGGCAGGUAUGGGAGAAGAAGGCGCGCGAACUCAUCUAUGCGGAGGCUGUGCACUACGCCCAGUUGGAGGCCCUUUCCACGCAGGUCACGGUCAAUUCGCUGCCAGUCUCUCAGGAGACCCUUGCAGCUGUGGAUGCCAUUCUGCACAAGCAACGGGAAGCCCACCGCCAGAUCCUGGACUUGACCGAGAGAUCGCGUCAUCCCGACAUUCGCAAGCGACCCAAAUACACUGAAGUGGCUGAAAUCAUGCGAAAGCUGGAAGACCUCAACUCGAAGCCCAACGGUACGUUGGAUCUCGGCCGCGAGCAAAAGCGUCACGAGGACUGGAUGCGUGAGGGCAAGAAGCUAUUCGGCAAGACAAACGCCCCUCUGCAUAUUCUCAAGAGUCACAUGGAAUAUGUUCUCGAGCGCAAUCAGGAUUGCUUCGACAUUGUCAACGACAAGCCGCGGACUCCAGCCGAACCCGCAUCGCGAGAAGCAAGCCCGGAAGGGAGGGCCAGCCGUUUCGAAGAUUCUCGUGUGCGCGAAGUGUUUUGCAUCUGUCGCAAGGUCGAGGCCGGCAUGAUGAUCGAGUGCGAAUUGUGUCAUGAGUGGUACCAUGGAAAGUGUCUCAAGAUUGCUCGCGGCAAGGUCAAGGACGAGGACAAGUAUACCUGCCCCAUCUGCGAUUGGCGUCUAAAGGUUCCGCGAGAUGCCGCCCGGCCAAAGCUCGAGGAUUUGCUUGCGUGGUCCGACAAGAUUAGCAACCUUCCCUUCCAGCCGGAAGAGGAAGAAGUUCUGCAACAAAUCAUUGACAACGCGCAAGAAUUCCGCAACCAUGUCGCGGGCAUUUGCAACCCGCUUGUGUCGACCAAAUCAGAAGCAGACACGCAGCGAUUCUACCUCCGCAAGAUUGAGGGCGCCGAGAUCCUCCUCGCCUACGAAACAAACUUUUUCAGACAGGAACUGCACAAGUGGUGCCCCGUCGCCCCGAACCCGCCGCCCGUACUGGAGGUGUCUAAGAGCACGCGCAAGCCACGCCCUACGAAAUUGCAGAAGCUGCUGGCCCAAUACGGCGUUGAUGACCCAGAAGACCUUCCCGAGAACAUGAAGCAGAAGGCCGCGAGCUUGAUACGCAAAGCACAAAAUGCCGAGGCUGCUGCUAAUGCCCACGCAGCCGGUGUUGCGGCGUCGGCAGCCGGGGCACUGGUCCCCCCUGGGUCAGCCAUGCAUCCAAUGUUUGGCCAUAAAUCACACCAAUCGUCCGCCACACCACCGAGCAUUUCCAAUGGCGAACGUGUCGGAGGCAGCCGGCAUUCGACAACAAGCAAGGACGAUGCCAUGGAUAUCGAUAGCGGACCAACGCUACACCCAGGCCUCUUCAUGCCCAACGGAAACGGAGGUCCACAGCUGGUCCAUGACAACUCAUCCAUGUCGCUGGAGGAUCGACUCAACAACGGCCAGGAGGACGGCCUCAACCUGCUUGAUCCGGGCCAGAGGAGUAAGGCUCUCGAGAUCCUAGGCAGGACGGAUGUCGGGCGCAAGAGGGCCGAGGAAAUGUACGGUCCAGGGGUUUGGAACGAGAACAAGGGUCUUCGACAGAGUCCAGCCACGGGUGCAACAGGAGGACCCCAAGAUGAGCGCGCUGUGGAUAAAAUGUUCGAAGACCUGACGAACCACGACGAUGACGGGCGCAAGGGCAGGGAGCCAUUCGACGGCUUUGUACCGACAGCGGAGAGCUUUGAAAACGAGCGCAACGGGAUGGACGCGCUGCUAGACGGCGAGUAG